AUGUUUGCCGCCACCACGUCAGACUCCCGUCACUCACCUCGCUGAACACUUCUGCCUGUGAAUCCUCUUCCACCUACACCAAGAUGUGGCGCUUGACGGCGACGCUGCUGGUGGCGACAAUGCCCUGGACCUCAGCGUCCCCUCAGGGGUAUAACUACUCUCCACCCAACAAUGCUUAUCUACCACCUCCUCCAACCUACCCGAGUUGUCAGGUCGCUCCCAUUACCUCGGUGAUCUACGACAAACGAGUUCAGACUUCUAUCAACGUUCAAACAGUGAACCAGAUCAACACACAGUACAUCACCACCACCCUGGUCAGACAACAGGUCAUACCAACUACCGUCUUCCAGACUCGCGUCCAAACUCAGGUCCAGUACCAGACCAGUGUGAUCCAGCGUACAACCACCUUUUUUAAUGACAGAAUUGUGACUCAAACUAUCCCAAGCCCACCUCGUCAAGAAGUUGUUUACGUUACGUCAACUCGCGUUGUGCCACAGGUCAGCUACAUCACUAGCACACAGGUGCAAACACAGGUAAUACCUGUGGAGGUGACUCGCACACAGGUGCAAACCAUCAAUCAGCCCGUGACAAACUACCAGACACAAAUACAGCAGCAGACCCAAGUGGUGCCAAUCCCAGGCCCUGACGUAGUACGGACGCGUGUCCAGACCGUCGUUCAAACCUCCAUUGUGAGGCGUCAACAGCCAGCCAAUACACGUUAUGUGACGUCGACGCGUGUACAACAAGUAGUGCAGACCAGCGUCGUUCGUGGACGAGAUGAUAUCAGGACCAGUUUUGUUCAACGUCAACAGGUCAUCCCUUAUACUUCUGUCAACACCCGUUAUGAAACAGCUUACACAACUCGCGAGCAGGUGGUGAUCAGGACCAAUUUUGUCACUCAGACAUUGAUCAGCACGCAGGUAGUUCCUCAGGAGGUCGUAAGUACGCAGGUCGUACCCAACAUCAUCUACACCACCAUCUACGAGACCAGAUUUCAGCCCUUCACUCAGGUACAGACCGUGGUCCAGACCCAGUACGUCACUCCCGCUCCUGUGUACCAGACACGUGAAGAAACCAGAACCUCAGUGGUGCAAGUGCCUGGCCAGGACCGUGUGGUGACCCAACAGGUGGCUCAGACCCAGCAACAACAACAGGUGGUCUAUCAGACCGUCAACCAGCCCCAGCAGGUCACCGUCACACAGACCAUCACAGCCACCUGUGGCAAGACAGGAUACAACUACAACCCUCCUCCAACUCCUUUUAAUUAUGUUUUCUGUAACAGAAUGAAGGUGGUGGUCCUGUCGUUGCUGGUGGGUUGUGCACUUGCUGUCUCGCUGGAUCGACAACGGAGAGAACUUCUAGGUAACAGUCUACAGUCAUCCUCAGGUGGUGGGUACCUUCCCCCACCACCUCCACAACCCUGUCAGCCGUCUACCGUCUAUCGUACACAGACGCAGUACUCCACCCAGGUCAUCCCUACCACCGUCUACAACACUAACGUGCAGUACGUCACUCAGACGUCUUUCCGCACACAGCAGGUCUACACCACUGUCUACUCCGAGAUCGUCCGCACACAAGUGGUUCCGUCCGUCCAGUACCAGACAGUGAUCGUCACACGCACCCAGGACAACGUCCGCACACAGGUCGUAACUCUGCCUCCUCAGAUCAACUACGUCACUCAGACGCAACAAGACGUGAGGACACAAGUUCAGUAUCAGACUGUAUACUCGACCCGCAUCCAGCAAGUACCAACAACAAUUAUCAGGAAUGUGGUGUCGACAUUAGUAGUUCCUCAACAGGUAGUCAGCACAAUCUACCAGACACAGUAUGUGACCAGAACCCAGCAGGUCCCAGGACAGACCCGUACAGUGGACAGUACUCAGUACAGUACCAUCUACUCCACCAUAGUGGUACCCGCUCAGGACGUAGUUAGUACAACUCAAGUUAUCCGCACCAACGUUGUCACUCAGACCAUCACUCAGCCAGGUCAGACCCGAGUUAUUACUUCCACCCAGGUGGUACCCGUCACUACCACCAUCUUCUCCCAGGUGGUUCUCACUAACACCCAGACACAGUACGUGACACGUACCCAAGUACAACAGGUGGUGUCUACCCUAGUCCGUACACAGCAAGUGCCGCAGUAUAUUACCAGGACAGUAACGGUACCACAGCAAGUAGUGAGUACCCAGGUAUCAACACAGGUGGUGCCCACAACCAUCUACACUCAACAAGUGGUGCCAUCUGUUGUGAACCUUCCGGCCCAGACACAAUACGUCACCGUCACCAGGACCUUCGUCAGUACUGUCCAGCUGCCAGGUCAGACUCGUACACAAUACCAGACUACGACCAUCUACAACACCAACUACGUCACCUCCACUGUCUACAGGCCGCAGUACAACACUGUGACCGCCACCAGCACCUACCAGCCCAACUGUAACACUGGCUACAACUACCCAGCUCCAUCUAAGCCAUUCAAUGCUUAUGGCUAAAGUGAUGUUAUAUAUGUCUACAUUCUAUAACUGUUAAGAGGAAGAUGUAAAAGGUCCAGGGAAGAGCUGUUAUACUCAAACUCUGCUAA